AUGGCGACCGUCCUUACCAACCUGGCGGUGCCCCAGCCCGCUCCCCUGCCCCAAGACAAGCAACAUUCCGAGCAACAAAACUCAAGUAGCUUGUCCUCGUCCCCCCGCCAAUUCCCGACCGAUCUUACUUCUCCCAUCCUCGAAGAAAUCGAUGAGUCCGAAAGCGAAUCGCCGAAUGAACCUGUGACCCCCAUUAGCAGCGGGAGACAGUCCCAGGAGUUUACCACCCUUCCCAGCCAGGACCAUCACGAUAUUACUCUUGCCCCCGAAAGCCAGCCCACCCAUCAGGUGCAGCCGACGCCGAAACCUCUUUUGGUCAACACAGCACCCACCCCCACGGUCUCGCCCGCAAACUCGGCCACGACACCAAAGCCCGCCAACCCUCCAGCUCCAGCUGAACCUACUGCUGACCAAGAGCCGCCACCCAUUCCGCUGCAGAGACGGCCUACUCGAGGCUCCACGACCAGCUUUAAACGGACCAUGUCCAACAUCUUUCGAAGAUCCAACUCGUCCAUCAACCGACCAGAGUUCGACUUCUUGGGCCAAGCCAACGACGCCUCCGAGAGUGCAGUGAUUGACUCUACACCUGCCAAGAGCAGUGGCAGACGUUUCUCAAUGAACAGAUCAAGCAACACCACGAGGUCUAAUUCUCCUCCGUCGCCGGGCUCGCCCGUCGACACCGCCUCAUCGUACAAAGAGGCUUCGACCAUGCCUUCUCAGGAUGACUUCAAGAAGAAGAACAGGGCCUCGACUGGCUUCACCAGCCUACGCGGACGCGCUGUCAACUUCGUCGGCGCCAACGUCCCUGGACGGGAAAAGCACGCACCCAAGAAGCCGGUCCCUCUUGGAAGGAGACGCGCCAGCAGUUUCGAAGCUCGCCUCGAAAGCCGUCAUCUUGCGCCUGCGUCGGACAAUCACUACAAGAACCCCGUCCUGCCGAUGCAAGGAUCGUCUCCCUGGGCUCAAAUGCCUGACGCUGGUGUAGGUGUCAAGGCCCGUCGCAUGAGUCUGAGCCUCCCCGAUGACUUCCAGGUCGACGUUGUCGAGCUUCUCUCCGAGUUCGAGUACCAGCACAAACUGCUUGGCCGUCACGGCAAGCACCUGGGCAAGGGAGCCACCUCCAAGGUCACAAUGAUGUGCCGAAAGGGAUGCCCGAACGAACUCUACGCAGUCAAGGAGUUCAGAGGCAAAAGAAAGAAGGAGACGGAGGACGAGUACGUCAAGAAGAUCAAAUCAGAAUUCAGUAUCGCCAAGAGCCUGCACCACCCCAACAUCGUCGAGACGGUUCGUCUUUGCACAGAUCACGGACGCUGGAACCACGUCAUGGAAUACUGUUCGGAAGGUGAUCUCUACGGACUCAUCGCCAAGCGGUACAUGACGGACCCGGCGAGACAGAGUGAUCGUCUUUGCUUGUUCAAGCAGCUCAUCCAGGGCGUCAACUACCUCCACAGCAACGGUAUUGCCCACCGCGACAUCAAGUUGGAGAACCUCCUCAUUACCAAGGACAGCAAGCUAAAGAUCACCGACUUUGGCGUAUCAGAAGUCUUUACUGGCCAUCACCCCGGCUUCCGGGAAGCCGGUGGGCAGUGCGGUAAGGGCAUGUGCGACGAGAUCCGCUUGUGCAAGCCCGGAAUGUGCGGCAGCGAGCCGUACACGGCACCCGAGGUCAUUCUCAAGCAGGAUGAGUACGACCCUCGCGGCCUCGAUGUGUGGAGUUCCGCCGUCGUCAUGAUUUACCUUACUUUCGGAGGCAACAUCUGGAAGAGAGCCGAUACCUCGCACGAGGGCUACAGACUUCUUCUCAAGGGAUGGGAGAAGUGGGAGGCCAAGCACCCCGAGCCCGAUGCUCGCAUGACAGAAACAGACUACCCUCACUACCCGGCUUUCGACCUGAUGGUCUCUCCGCCCGCGCUCCGCCGUGUGCUUCUCAUGAUGCUUAACCCCAACCCGGCAAAGCGCGCAUCCAUCUCGGAGAUUGCCAACCACCGCUGGGUCAAGAACAUCGAAUGCUGCCAGCUCGAGAGCUAUGACGACCCGGCCAACCUCAUCGACGCUACAAAGAAAGGCAGUGCACAGCUCAACACUAAGAAAGUGUUCUGCCACAACCACUUGCCACUCGAGAGCCACGGCCACUCACUCGGAAAGAUGCCGGGUCAAAUGGGCUAUUGA